AUUGUGAUGCAUAACUCUAGAUAACGGUACAUAUUAGCGCUAAACACUUUAUCGUUUGCUGUGCUUUGUGAAGUUAGCAAUCUUUCGUUUCGGUUUGAAGUUGAAAAGCAUUAACCAAUUGCUAUUCACUUCCGCUAGUUUCGCAUUGCGUCAAUAGACACUUUAAAACGUGUGAAGCCACGCGGUUUCUUAUUUAGGCUUUUAAACGGUCACUGUUAAUAUAUUACAUAUAUUUUAGAGUUGAAAUGAGCUGUCAAAAAGGAAAUGUUUCCCGUUCGCGAGGCCAAAAACACCAAAACCUAACUGCCUUCAAAAAUGACAAGUACGGUGCAAGCGCACAAGUUAAGAAAGCCAAAACAAAGGUUCAUGAUGGUCUUUGCCAGCACUGCAAAGAUGUGCUAGAGUGGAAAGUCAAGUACAACAAAUACAAACCCCUGACACAGCUACGAAAAUGUGUGAAGUGUCUUCAGAAAACAGUGAAGGAUGCCUAUCAUAUCAUAUGUAAGCCAUGUGCACUAAAGUUGGAGCUUUGUGCCAAAUGUGGGAAAAAGGAAGAGAUUGUUAUUCCGCUUGACCAGAAGGAGGAAGAAGGAGAGGUAGAAGACGCCAACAAGCCAAAUAAAGGGAACAGGCAGAAAAAAAGAGAUGAUGAUGAUGAGGAGGAGGAGGAGGAGGAGGAGGAUGAAGAUUUCGAUGACAUUGGAACUAGCAAUGAUGAAUGUGAUAGUGAUCCAGAAGCUGAAGGAAAUUAACGUUUGCCAUCUUCUGUACAGCUAAACCCAAGAACACUGUAUCUAAGGGAACAUGAGGCUGGAUAUUGGACAUGUGCUCACCUGUUCACCUGCUGUUAAUUGGGGAAAGACUCCCAGGAGAUGUUUUCCUAUUGACUGAUUGUGAUUGUUUGUUCCCAUCUAGACCACUUGCUAUGAUCUAGCAGGAACUGACACAGAAACCCUCUGUCUUGAUUAAGGUUAGGGAUUUUUCUUUCCUUUUUUCCUUUAAAAUCAGUAAAAGCACACUGUAAAAAAAAAAAAAAAAAAAUCCAUAAUUUUUACUGAAACAAACCGACAGCUGUUGCCAGAAUAAUUCAAUAAAAAUACAGUAAAAUGUUAACAUUUACAGAACAACCUGUAAAUUUUACAGUUUUAAACUAAUUUACAACAACAACAAAAAAACAUUUUAAACCAGUAAAUCCAACAGCCCUUUCCUGCUGAAUUAGCAAGGCCAUGUUGCUACUUAAAUCUGUUUUGUACUUUUAACAUAUACUGACAUCCACCAUUAUAACACUGGUGGUACAGAGAAAACCACAUCUUGUGGUUUCCCACAAGUGGCUUUCCCACAAGCUGAUGUAAAUUCUAAUAUAUAGAAGGCGCACAGUGUCAUGCACACAAAUAGAAAACAGUGUCAUGUUAACAUCAUGAUGUGACACUAAAAUAAUGCAAUAAACAUUAAUUUAACAACAGAAGAUGUAACAUAAAACCCUAAUGUACAUAAAUGACAAACUAAGAAACGCAAUUAAUAAAAUUAAAAGUCAUCAAAUGUGAAGCAUCACGGGGAAUUCUGGGAAUGUCAGUUUACAGCUUUCAUUGCAAAUUAUAAGAUGAUUUGUACUUUUUACAUCAGAAAAUAGUUCAUUUAACAGUAUUUUACUGUAAAAUUACAUAAGAUGUUAGGUUAGAUCUAUUACAGUUUUUCUCUGUAUAGUAUGGAACCUUACUAUAACCAAUUAACAGGUAUUUACUGUCACAUUCUUCAACAGUUUACAAUCAUUUUUAAGAGUGCCAUUCAUGUUAUCUGUUAUGAAUGAGAGCCUGUGUGAAUAAAAUAUGCCUCACAAUUAUAUUAAGCACAUUUGGUCUUUAAAGUCCUUAUGUAAAUGGAAAAAAGUACAUAGAAAGUACCGAUGAAACAGGUCCAUUUAAUAAACAGCUUACAAGCAAAUGUUGACCAUGCUGCUCAGACAGCACAAAUCUA